UGUUGAAACGAUAAUCCUUCGUAAUCGUAAUCUCACCGAUGCCGCAACGUUUAACGCUCGGUCCGAUUUUGGUCUUCUUCAAAUGCAACUUGAACGAAUUCCUCAUCUACUUCUUUUCCUUUCUACCACUAACGACGUGCCAUAUACACAUAGGAACCUGUGAUACGCUAUCUUAUGCCAAGAAGUACUCCUACCCGUAGACGUAUGUAGAUAUCUAGUCGAAGAUUAGCCGGAAUCGCGACUAGAGGAAGACGGACAAGGAGAAAGUAAAAAGAAAAAGGAAAAGGAAGAAAAUAGAAGAUCGUGACGCUUUCGAUAACGAACGAGCUGAAGAAGAUCGGAUCGGAGAACACAUAGGACGUCACGAUACGACGAGGAAGAAGAAUCAGAGGAGAGUGCGGGAGAAUGUCCACGUGCACCGACGAAGGUGACACCGCACCCCUGCACAUGCAGGAGGCUCUGUCUCCGGUGCAGGAGGGACCCGUGUCGCCGGCAUCCUCUUCCUUAAGCAAUCAAAAUCAAAACGAGAACGAUCAGCAAGUUUUACUUGCGACGAUGCAACCGGUGAACGUAUUAGACUUGCACGAACCACCGGCAGUGCAUCCACUACAUCCGAAGUAUCAUCAUCAUCAUCAUCAUCGUCAUCACCAUCAUCAUCAUCAUCAUCAUCAUCAGCAACAGCAGCAACAACAGCAGCAGCAGCAACACAUAAGCGGAGAUCCGGAGGACGUGCAGCAACGUGGAACAAGCGGAACGGACGAUCCGGACGGUAGAGUGACACCGGGAACAGAAACGUCUGGUGGAAAUCCAACGUUGGCCGUCGGGGAACACAAAAUGAUCGAUUUGAUCUACAACGAUGGACAGAAGACGGUGAUGUACACCCACGACAAAGAAAUCAUAUACGAGAACGAAGCUGAUCGAGUUCAAGUAGUCGAGUAUCCACCACCCCCACCCUCGCCACCUUCACCCUCGCCACCCUCGGUCGUCAGUAGAACCGGACUUUUACCACCGGGUUGCGUUGCACCAAGAACGAGUGGUGCAACCGCAGCGGCGCUUCACCUCCAUCACUAUCCACAAUUGCAGCUCCAACACGAGGACGAUUUACCGAGUGUUCGGCACACGGUCACUGCCACCGCGCCAAAUUGUGGAACCGCUACCACCACGACGACCGUUCUCGUCCUUUCCGAGCUGGUUGCAGCCGAUCCAGCAGCCGGUGCUGCCGCCGCGCAACAACUCACGCUCACGGCAGCUUCUCUAAGGGGAGGACGGCGAAGUCGGAGCGAGGAAGAAACGAACGGCAGCGUUACCGUCGGCGACGAGUCUCAACAACAACAGCAGCAACAACAACAGCAACAACAACAACAACAAGGCUACGUAUCCCAACGCGAAAGUCAAGAGGAGGAGGAAGAAUUAGCAGCGGAGGAGGCUGCCGCGGCUCAGGCUGCGGCUCAGGCUGCGGCUCAGGCUGCGGCACAAGCUGCGGCUCAGUCCCUUCAGAGUGGAAACGAGGAGGCUGAUCCGGAAGUUCACAAGAGAGUAACUGCAGUGCAGGUGCAGGUGCAGGGUAUGGAGGGCGAUUGGCGCGCUUAUUGCGAGCAUCCGCUCUCCGUUGCGACCGCGGCAAUGCUAAAUCUCCAACAACAGCAUCAGGUUUCGACUGUUGCAAGCCAUGGCGACGAUCCAGCAGCUUCUUACGUUUACGAGUACUACAAGCUACCGGAAAAAGCCACUACCGAUGUCAAACUACCCCCGACGCACGAGCUUUGGUCCACGGGUGUGAUGAGCCAGAAGCUGCUGGUGCAGGAGGCGCCUGGCUCCGGUUCCAGUUCGACAAAUCGCAUGGAAGGCGGCGAAGGCGCCGGAGGAGGGGAACUCCAUCAUUUCCUCCACCAGUACAACCAGCAGUCUCACAGUCCUGGCCAGAGUCUACAGGGUGGGCUUCCUCUUCCACUGAGCCCGCAGUCCCUCCGACACGACGGUUCCUCCAGCACCGGUAUUACCGGGGUCAAGAGGGAACCCGAGGAUCUCAGUUCCUCUCGCGGAGCUCAACAAUCUAGCAAACGUCACAAACAGGCGCAACCGGACAGUCCCACGCCGCCGGGAAUGUACCAUCAUCAUCAACAUCAGCUACAGGUGCAACAAUACGGUAGUCCGUACGACCCGUAUACCUCGUGCAGUCCAAGAUUGCAGUCGACUGCAUACACUUCGACGUCCGGAACGAGUGGAGCAAAUAACGCGAAUGCUAGUGGCAUUCAUCAGGAAACAACAGCGGUUUACGUAACGGGGGACGCUCUUCCACCGCUAGCAUCCUCAAACUCCUCCUCGUUAUCGACGAGCACAGCCUCCUACACGAGAUACGAGGUUGUACCCAGUUCUUACGCGACGACGCACGCGAUACGUUCCUCGUCGAGCAGCAGCAAAGUUCUCACCGUCGAUUUACCGAGUCCUGAUUCUGGGAUCGGUGCCGACGCUGUUACGCCUAGGCAAGAUCAUCACGCACCUACGACCCUCCAUCAGUCGUCCUUCGAUUAUACGGAACUGUGCCCCGGAGGAACGGCAACUGGUUCAGCGGUUGUUCUCGAGAACGGCGCCGUGAUACAUCACCAACCUCUUCAACUGCAGUUGCAACAGAGCCACGCGCAAGCACAGGUGCAACGUGGUGGUCUCGUCGCGGCAGGUACUACUAAUCCUACCACCAAUCCGAAUCCACCUAGGUCAAGGCCUUGGCACGAUUUUGGAAGACAGAACGAUGCCGACAAGAUACAGAUACCAAAGAUCUUUUCGGCGUACGGUUUCAAAUAUCAUCUGGAAUCUCCCAUCAGCACUUCUCAAAGACGCGAGGAUGACAGAAUAACGUACAUCAAUAAGGGUCAAUUCUAUGGCAUUUCGCUCGACUAUGUACCGGAUCCGGACAAACCGCUUCUUAAAUCGGGACAAACGGUUAAGAGCGUGGUUAUGCUGAUGUUCCGGGAAGAAAAGAGUCCCGAAGACGAAAUAAAAGCAUGGCAAUUCUGGCAUGGUAGACAACACUCCGUAAAGCAACGUAUUCUCGAUGCUGACACGAAGAACAGCGUGGGUUUAGUGGGUUGUAUAGAAGAAGUCGCGCACAACGCGAUUGCUGUUUACUGGAAUCCCUUGGAAUCAUCGGCGAAGAUAAAUGUAGCCGUGCAGUGUCUGAGUACAGACUUUUCCAGUCAGAAAGGUGUAAAGGGUUUGCCGUUGCAUAUUCAAGUAGACACGUACGAGGAACCACCACCACAUGCUCACACUUACACACCACCUUCGCAUCGCGGUUAUUGUCAAAUCAAAGUUUUUUGCGAUAAGGGUGCCGAAAGGAAGACUCGAGACGAGGAAAGAAGAGCAGCUAAAAGAAAAAUGACGGCCACGGGUAGGAAAAAACUAGACGAACUUUAUCACUCGGUCACGGAACGUAGCGAAUUUUAUUCCAUGGUAGAUCUUCAUAAACCACCCGUAUUAUUUUCACCACCGGCCGAGCAUACAAUAGACAAGUUCUCGACGAUGGAAUUGUCUAGUUUCUACGGAGGCGGUGGCGGCGGUGGAGGUGGUGACACCGACACCUCGUCGCUCAGUAACGGCGAGGGCGGAGGAUUGAAGGCUGGGGGUAGCAGCCCAUAUCCGUGUGGCAGACCAAGCCUGCCAGCCUUGAAGUUCCACAACCACUUUCCGCCCGACAAUCUCAGUAAUCUACACGACAAGAAGGACUCCUUAUUGAUGCAGGUGCAGGAACUGCAAGGUUCGGUGCUCCAGGGUGUGCAGCAGGCUGGAUUAGCUGGUACUGUAGUCUCAAGUGUCGGUAAUCGCCUGCACCUGCAACAACAACCAUCUCAUUUGCGUCCAGCCGAUGCCGAGGAACGCGUAAUGCUCUACGUUCGUCAGGAAUCCGAAGACGUUUACACCCCCCUUCAUGUAACACCGCCGACUGUUCAAGGACUGCUAAAUGCUAUUGAGUCAAAGUACAAAAUUGCAUCCUCGAGUAUUAAUAACCUCUAUCGCAAAAACACAAAGGGCAUUACGGCGAAAAUUGAUGACGACAUGAUCAGAUACUACGUGGACGAAGAUUUAUUCCUUUUGGAAGUGAGUCAUUCGAGAUUGACCGGAGACCCAGAAAGAAAUUCAACAAAUCCUGGCUCGCCAAGUGAUCCAAACGAUCCCGGUGAUGCACCCUCGAGUGGUUACGACGUGACCCUCAUCGAACUAUCCUCGUCGCCACCUCAUCUCGCUCAUUCACCCCUCUCCAAUUCGACCCAUGCGCAUGCACACGCGCACGUUCACGAAAGUGGAAACACGUGAGGAUGGGCACUAAGAUGUUGGGACCUCUUAGAACCUUUCAACGUGUAAAUAGUAAAACGCGUUAAGCCAAUUGCAAAAGAUAAUUCAAGUUCUCCGAAGAGUUAUCCGAAGAAUUAUCCGAAGAGAAUUAUUCGAUAAUUAGGAGAAUGUUAAAUCGAUCUCUACUGGCGCAAAAUAUCGAACGAGUUUGAACGUUCGUUUCCUCUAGUUUCGUCGAAAUCGAGAAUAACAGCUCGAUUGUCAUAUUUUAACCCUUUACGUCAAUCGAUCAAUCAAUAAUGAGGCUUCCUGAGAGAUGGAAGAAGGUAAUAAAGCAAAACGGUUCAUAUAUAAAACAGUAAAUCAACCUCAAACAACAAAUAUCGUCUAUUGAUUUCGCAUAAAAAAAAAAAGGAAGAAACUUAUGGGACACCCUAAUACUGUGCAUAAAAAAAAGUUCAACUAUCGGUAGUCACAAUGGAAUUAACGUGGCUGUCUAUAGUAGUAGUUCAGCGAUAUAAUGAAAUUGUCACUUGAGUGUUCAACUUGUUUUUUAUAAAGGAAAUUUUGUUUUAUUAUUUUUCCAUCUGUCAUCUGUACGCCAUUUGCUAUAUGUUACCGAAAAAACG